GUGAGAUCGAGGGAGGAGGAGGGAGAGUGUCCAGCCUGAGUUACAGCAGUCGUCCUUGGUCCGAGCCUCCUUCAAGGAGGUCCUCUCAAACCUACACAAAUGUGUCCGUGGACGACCGACGACAGCUGUUCUCUGCAGGGAAGCUCAACGCGGAGAGCGGGAUGUCGGCCUACGGCUCAAUCGUCUAUCAGAUGCGGGAUGCGAACAUGGACUCCAGCAACACCUGCGAGUUCGUAUACAAGGCCCUCAAGGUCAUCAGUAAGACAGUGGUGAUGACGGUAUUCUUGGUCCUGGCGAUGGCUGUGCCUGUCUUAAUGGUCAUUAUGGGAGUCCAGUACUUACACGACUGUCCUCUGGAGCCCAACAUUCCCAUUUACCUGCUGGUGGGCGGCUGUUUCGGCACCCUGAAGCUCCUCUGGAUACUAUGUCAGCAGGUUCGGUCGCGUCGGUACGAGCGGAUCGACGACGCCUUCGCCGAGGACAGUCUGGACGAGAUCUUCACCUCAACGAGCUACCGCGCGACGGACGUGGCCCUCACCAUCUUCCUGUUAGUGUGGUUCGGCAUGGGCAACUACUGGGUGUACAGGAUCUACCUCCCCAACUUCCAGGUGGCGCUCUUCAAGCCCAACAACUGGUGCUCCAAGACGCUCUACCUGUUCGCCGUGGCCCAGCUCCUCUUCGUGUACUCCAUCCUGGGCUUCAUCUUCUUGCUCUCCUUCUGCCUCGCCUGCGGCCAGAAGUGCGUCAUGCUCUUCGGCGAGAGCUACAAGUGAGCCAGGGAGGCCAGGAGGCGCGCCAAGCACGAGAGGAAAAAGGCGGGUCGUGGCGGGAAGACCACCAAGAGCGCCACCAAGACCGACGCCGCCGUGAUGAACGGGAAGAAAUGCAUCGACCGACUCCCGGACAUGAACGAAGAC